AUGACAGGAAAGGAUUUGAAAUCUGUUCUUUUAGUCGGUGGUUCAGGAUUCUUAGGGCUUCAUUUAAUUCAGCAAUUUGUCACUCAUUGUCCUGGUAUAAAAAUUACUGUAUUUGAUGUUCGUCCAUUGCCUGACAAAUUAUCUAAAUUCUUUACGUUUGAUCCUAAUUCAAUUGAAUUUUUCAGAGGGGACUUAACUAAUCCUGAUGAUGUAGCCGAAGCUAUUCGAAAAUCACAAUGUGAUGUACUUGUCCAUUCAGCAUCACCGAUGCAUGGAUUAUCUCAAGAUAUUUACGAAAAAGUUAAUGUACAGGGUACGGAAAAUUUACUCAAAGUAGCUAGAGAAACCAAUAUUGGAUCAUUUGUUUACACCUCAUCAGCAGGAGUCAUUUUCAAUGGCCAGAACGUCAUUAAUGCUAACGAAUCAUGGCCAUAUCCUGAAGUACACAUGGAUGGUUAUAACGAAACCAAAGCAAUAGCUGAGACUGCCGUAUUAAAAGCCAAUGAUCCUAAAAAUGGGUUUAGAACAGUGAGCUUGAGACCUGCCGGUAUAUUUGGUCCAGGUGACCGUCAAUUGGUUCCUGGUUUAAAAGCGAGUGCUAAGUUAGGUCAAUCCAAGUAUCAACUAGGAGACAAUAAUAACUUAUUCGAUUGGACAUACGUAGGAAAUGUUGCUGAUGCACAUGUACUUGCAGCGCAGAAGCUUUUGAAUGAACACACUAAAGAUCAAGUUUGUGGAGAGACCUUUUUUAUCACUAAUGAUGCACCAACUUAUUUUUGGACUUUGGCAAGAACAGUAUGGAAAAAUGAUGGUGUUAUUGAUCCUUAUUAUAUUAAAUUGAACAGAACAGUUGCUGUUGGAUUAGGAUACAUUUCACAGUUUGUAUCCAAUUUUUUGGGCAAAGAACCAGGUUUAACUCCAUUUAGAGUUAGGGUAGUUUGUGCCACUAGAUAUCAUAACAUCACCAAAGCCAAGACAUUAUUGGGAUAUAAGCCUGCAGUGGAUUUAGAAACAGGAAUCAUCAACACUCUCGAAUGGAUCAAUGAGAAAUUAUAA